GUUGCGAAAUCACAUCCUCACUGUGAAAGUGAAAAUGUUGUGAUCGGCGACGGCGUUGUUGUUAUUCGUGAUGCUUUUGAAUUUCUUAAUUUAUAUUCUUUGUCGGGAAAUUUCAAGAUAAUGGUUUAUAGGACCAUGCCGUUAAAGCCAUGGCUUCAAAGGGCUUUACUAGUCGUUGGAUUCAUAUUUCUGUCAGUUGGCUCCCUAAUUUACCGAUCAAUCCUCUUCAACGUGCAUGUAUCAACAGUUUACGUGCAGCGGCGCGCGGAGCUGUUUCCUGGAAAUAUCAGCAUAUCUAAUCAGUGCACGUGGGACCUGAAUCUCACAGCUUACGAUUUCGCUGACUACACAUCGCCUGUUCUGACGCUGGUAGCCCGGAUGUUUGCGGAAGUGUACGCGCAGCGCGGGAUAAUGACCGUUCUAAGAGAAGGAUCCUUACUUCACGUGUAUCGCCGCCAUAAAGCGGACGCUGACAUGGACACGUGGUUGAUCGUUCCACGUCACAUGACAGUUGCGCAUGCGUACGAGCUUAUUCAAUCCACAAUUCAAAAUAAUACGGAAUUCUCCGAUCUCUUGUUCGAGCAUCAAAAUCAGUACCUCAUGAGUCUUUUCUUUGCCUACAGUGACUGCGCGCGCGUGCGGUUUCGAGGGAUGAAGGUGCUAGAUAUAGUCGUGCUACACGAGACGCUAAUUAAAGACCCGGAUACUCAGGUUCCGUGUUUUGAUCUACUUACGGGUUGUGUUUUAGACGUUAACGAAGACGUUGUGUCACUUUUAGACUCUCUCAAGGCCGGAACCAUGUUCGGUGACCUCUGUUACUGCAAUUACAUGGGCUCGAGGCUCCUCUGCCCUCAACACGCGACGGAGUAUCUGACCGUCCGCUACGGGAGCUCCUUCCGGACACCUGUUGCUAAGAAAGACUAUGUUUCGCUGCGCGGCGUAAGCUAUGAGCAACCGUUCGACUCAUGGAAGGCGGUGUUAUCUAGUGUUCCGAAUUUCUGGAAAAUCAAAAGAUUGUUUGAAGGACCGGACAAGAUCAGCACUGGACAACAAGCUCCUGAGAGCUAAUCUGAGGGUUAACAUCAUGUUUGUUUCAUGUUACUCCAAAUGGCGUAAAAAUAUUAAUCUUAGGUAUUUGUUAUGUUUUUUACAAAAUAAAGGUAAAUCUUAAAAGCUCUUUAACAAGAUAUGACCCAACUAAAUAGUGAAAAUACUUUUAAAUAAGUGUUAGUAUUUCAGCAAAAACGCUUCAUCAAAAUAUUUCACAAUUGCGAAAAAAAUGUAUAAUGUCUGAGUACUUUUUACGACAUGAAGAGUAUGAUGAAACAUAUAUAUUUUAGGCCUCCUACGCACAUUUUGGUGCCACCUUAUGUCUUUCAUAUAUCAAAGUUCAAUUUGAACAUACAUGAAAAUGUUGAUACUACAGAAAAUUCCACAAAUAACCAAAACAUGUCGCAAUGAAACUCAGCUUUGACUCCAUCAAAUCUACAAUCUAAAUUCAUUCAUAUUUUGUUAUAUCUAAGACUUCAUUAUAAAUCGGUCGCAAGUCGUGGCUACAUAAAAACGUAGCAAUUCAAAAGGGAUAACACUGAAGAAAGAUCUCUUAAAAUGCAAAUCAUAUAUAUAUAUAU